ACAACCUGUUGAACGUGCUUGUGUUCAUGUAUGUUUUGGAGAUAAUUUUGCGUGUAAGCGUCAUGCAGCCUUCAAAGAGCAUCAAAGGAAGGUCAUUUUGCAGACUGCAAUAUUUGAAACUUCAUCUGCUAUGGGAUAUCCUGUGAUCCCUGCUCUUGUAAAAUAAUCAUAUGGACUACAAAGGUCACUGACGUCAGAUGUUUCAGCUGAACAAAGCAGCAGGAGGAAUGAGUGCUUCUAAGGAUGUCAAGGUUGUAGUCGUGGGUUCAGGAUUUGCAGGCGUCGCUGCUGCAGCCACGCUGGUCAAAGGAGGUUUUCAAAAUGUUCUGGUCCUCGAGGCGAAAGAUAGAGUUGGAGGUCGGGUGCACACCACCAAACCGUUCACCGAUAAGGUCCUUGAAGUUGGGGCGAACUGGAUUCACGGACAGAAAGGAAACCCUCUUUUCCAGCUCGCAAAACAACACAACUUGCUGUCGGAGGGAUCGUCGGCAAGCAAAAACAUGUGCUCGCCACAUUCUGUAACAUCUAAAGAUUACUUUUUUAGAGAAGAUGGGACUCAGGUCCCAAAGGAUGUUGUAGAUCAGGUUUGUUCAAGCUUCAGCAAGCUCACCGACAAAGCUUUUGAUGAUGAACUUGAUCGCAGGAACAGAAAGAUGACUCUGGGUGGAUAUCUGGAUGAUGCCUUUGACGAAUUUCCUUUAGCAUCUACAGUAAAUGGCCAAAUGGUCUUUGAGUGGUGCAAGAGGCUAGAAUGCACAGAUGAAGCUUGUUCUUCUCUCUACGAGGUGUCUGCCGCUCAGAUUAGUAAUUACACUGAACUCGAGGGAGGUUUCUUCAACACUUUAGGAUUGGGUGGCUAUCGAGCAGUUUUAGAUGUUCUCCUGAAAGAUCUUCCCACGGGUACUAUCCAAUGUAAUGCAGAGGUAAAGACCAUCCAGUGGGAUCUGAUCAAGGAAGGAGAGAGUGAGGAACAUCCUGUUCGGAUCACUUGUGAAAAUGGGCAGUCUUAUGAUGCAGACCAUGUGAUUGUCACUGCAUCUUUGGGGGUUCUAAAAGACAAAGCAGCGACCAUGUUUGAGCCGUCCUUACCACAACCCAAGCUGAAUGCUAUUAAGAAUCUUGGCUUUGGAACAGUGGACAAAAUUUUCCUGUAUUUUGAGGAGAAGUUUUGGCCGGAUGACUGUGCAGGGGUUCAGAUGGUGUGGGAAGAAGGGCCAGAAGAUGCAGAUGUUUACAAAGCUUCGUCUGAAGGAGAUGACUGGAAGGAGACGUGGUACAAGAAGAUCACCGGUUUUGAUACGGUGGCACGUCACCCCACUGCUCUGUGUGGCUGGAUCACAGGAAGAGAAGCACUACAUAUGGAGACGCUUGAGGACAGUGAAAUCGGAGAAACGUGUGUGAGGUUACUGAGGACUUUCGCUGGCUGGUCGGUGCCAGAAGCCUCAAAGAUGCUCAUCUCCAGAUGGGGUCAUGAUUCCCACGUGCGUGGCUCCUAUACAUUUGUUCCUCAUCGUGUCGAUGGAGUAGAGGAACACAAGGCAUUAGCAUCUCCUCUUCCCCCUAAAGUUAAACGCAAAGGGAUCAAGCCCCUCCAGGUGUUGUUUGCUGGUGAAGCUACACAUGUGAACUUCUACACCACGACCCAUGGAGCUUACAUGACAGGUGUCAGAGAGGCACAGAGACUCAUCAGUUAUUACUCUGAUUAAACACCACUAUCCUAGAGUGGUCUUUGGUCUCAUGAAGAUAACAUUUUUGUGGUCUCAUGAAGAUAAGGGUUUUAUAUACUUGACCUCACACUCUGUAGGCUUCCAGGUUUUGUAUUAAAUGGGCCGUAAGCAAUUUUGUGUGUACAUUUAACUGAUCGCUGUACCAUGCAUAUCUCUGUUCUGUUAAUGAUUAAACAGCAAUGUAUUAAAGAAAUGAAGGAGUAUUCCUUCUGAUUGCUGAUUGAUCUAAAGCAGUGUAAUGUACAAUAAUGAGCAUCUUCAAAUCAGAAUCAGAAGUACUUUAAUAAUCCCAGAGUGAAAUUAUUUUGUUACAAAAACUCCAGAUAUGCAAACAACAUAUAUUCAGAACAAGAUAUAAAUAUAAAAUAUAUAUAUAUAACUAUAUAUAUAUAUAAAAGAUAAAAUGUACAGUUUAAUAAUAUACAAUAUGCAAAAAGAGCAAAAAAUAAUUCUCUGUUGUUUGAGAGUCAGAAUUACAGAGAGUUAAAUUAAAUCUAAACUAACUGAAAGGUGAUUUCCAUUUCAUUCAAUUGUCUUAACAAUGUCCAGUUGUUUGCCUAGAAAAACAAUGAAUAUAUAUGUUUGUUGAUUUUUGCUAAUUAAACCUACAAAAAAGCUUAUAAAAAUGGGCAUUAAGAUGUUUACUAAUGCAACUGGCCUGUGUUUAAAGUGUAAAAAAGAUAAAGGUACAAUUAUGCAUUGUUUUUGGUACUGUUGACAAAAAUUUUCCAUAUUGGAAAAAAAUACAUAAGGUAAUGAAAGAUCUUCUUAGAAUAAACUUUGAUAUGACCCCAGCUUUGUACCUAUUGAAGCUUAACGUGUAAACAGUCUAUUUAAAAAAGAUGCUAUGCAGUUAUUUACUGUCCUGGUAUAUAUGACUAAAAAAUGCAUUUUGUUACUUUGGUCUGCAUCACAGGCUCCAUCCUUUAAAAUGUGGAUAUCACAGAUUGCUACAUGGUUGCCACUUGAAAAGUUCACUUAUGAUAAACAGCAAAGAUCUGAUAAAUUCUGGCUGAUGUGGUCACCCCUUUGGGAAUAUAUAAAAGAGAUUCCUUGAGGUACAUAUAGAGCUGUGUUUAAAUCUCCUUUUACUUUUCUCUUUAUUCCUCACUUAAAGAUAGCUCUAAAAUUGUGUGAUCCUUUUUUAUUUUUUCACUAAAAUUUGUAUUUGAUGUCAUGCCUACAUUUCACAUGUUGCCUUUUUUCUCAUUUUUAUUUCUUUAAGGUUUUGAACAUUCUGAAACAUGUAUAUGUAUAAAUAUAAGUUGUAUUACUGUCAAUGUAAUUUGAUACUAUGGGCAAAAAAAUAAAAA